CCGCUGCACCUUCUUCCACUCGUCUCCAAUGGCGGCCACCACUCUCCCACGCUCCCACCUCCGCCUUCACCUCCCACUCCACACCCCCAGCCCCGGCUGCCCUCGCCGGCGCCGCCUCCUUCCCGCCUCAUCUCGCCUCCAGAACCCCACCACAACCACAACCACCCACUACCCCAUCCUCCCGCCAGCCCCCUCCCCUUCCCUCCUCGUGGCAGAGGAGGCCUCCAUCGCCCCGCGCCGCACCCACCGAUUCCCGGGCUCUGUCACUCCACCGCGCCCACCGGACUCCUCCGGGGACCUCGACGUCCCGGCCGACGAUGACGUCCUGCGCCGCGCGCUCGAGGUGCGCCGCGCCGUGGCCGCCGAGGCGCUCGUGGCCGCGCUCAGCGGCGGGAAGGCCGGGGGCCUCACCUACGUCAAGAACCUCACCUCACGGAUGGCCCCCUUCGUCGACCACGUCGUCGUCGGGGCCGCCGCCAUGCGCCGCGACCGCCCCGACCUCGCGCACCAGUCCUUCAACGCGCGGGCACGCACCUACAUCCAGGAAUCGGGCGUGGUCGACCUAGUCAAGUGGUUCAAGCACAACUCCUUGACAUACCCCCAGAUCGCGAAAGUAGUCUGCUCCUGCUCCGGCGAUCUGGAGAAAGUGAGGAGGAUGCUCAAGUGGCUGAGGUCAAUCUAUGUGAAAGGAGAAUUUCUGGGACGUGUGCUUGCACGGGGUGAGUCCCUCAUGAGCCGCAGCUUCGAAGAGUUGGAAGAGAUUGUCGGCUAUCUGGAGUCAUGUGGUGUUAGGAGGGACUGGAUCGGCCACGUCGUCAGUAGAUGUCCGCAGCUGCUGACUCUGUCCUUCGAUGAGCUAGAGACACGGGUGCGGUUUUAUACAGAUAUGGGAAUGAACGAGAAUGACUUCGGCACUAUGGUCUACGAUUAUCCUAAAGCUCUUGGGUUUCUCAGCCUACAAGAGAUGAACAGUAAGGUUCAAUAUCUGAAAGAGUUUGGUUUGAGCACUGAAGAGCUUGGAAAAAUAUUGGCUUUCAAGCCACAGCUGAUGGCCUGCAGCAUUGAAGAAAGGUGGAAGCCACUUGUCAAGUACCUGUACCAUCUAAACAUUUCAAAGGAUGGUAUGAAACGUAUGUUGGUGGUCCAACCAACGAUUUUCUGUCUUGAUUUGGAGACAGUAAUUGCACCAAAGGUACAGUUUCUACAGGAUAUUGGUGUGAGGAAUGAUACAGUCGGCAAUGUGCUUGUGAAGUUCCCACCUGUACUUACUUACAGCCUGUACAAGAAGUUACGGCCAGUGGUUAUAUUCCUGAGGACAAAAGCCGGAGUAACGCAGGAUGACAUUGGGAAGGUCAUUGCCUUGGACCCACAACUCAUGGGCUGCAGCAUCGUGCACAAAUUGGAAGUCAGCGUCAAGUACUUCCGGUCACUGGGCAUCUUCCAUUUCGUGCUUGGCCAGAUGGUUGCAGACUUCCCAACACUUCUCCGAUACAAUGUGGAUGUUUUAAGGCCGAAAUACCAGUACCUCAGGCGUGUCAUGGUGCGGCCGCUCAAAGAUCUUAUCGAGUUCCCCCGGUUUUUCAGUUACUCUUUGGAGCACAGGAUAGAGCCCCGGCACAAAGUUCUGGUGGCGAAUAGGAUUAACAUGAAGCUGCGCUACAUGCUGCCAGGUUCAGACGAGGAGUUUGCGCAGAGGGUGCGAGAUGCUGUCGAAAGGAGAGCGAGAUUUGAAGCUGGAGAGGCUACUCCAGAGACAUCAAUUGCACCGGAUACACCUACCGGUGAUGGAGGUGUAGCAGCACAUUGUGAAGACAGCAUGGAGGAAGCUUAACGCAUAACACGCAGUAUCUAUACAUCUUUUAAAACAGAAGGGUUCGUCCUUGUCCUACUUGUACAGAUUUGUGGGCAAAGGGGAGAUCAGAAAGCUAUCCAUGUUUCAAAUUGUGGUUGGUAAGUGUUGUGCUGUUGGUGGUACCCACUGUGAGCCUAUUGGAACCUUUGUGACAACACCAGAUGUGGUGAAUUCUUGCGGAGCAACAGGAGGAGCACAAAGUUCACCA